GCUGGGUAUUCCAUUCACAUCAGUGGCAUCAGGAACACUAUUCACGAGUAAUUAUCUGAGGCUGCUCGCUCGUGUAAGAGAUCAUUUUAAACAAACAAGAAUUCUUCUCACAUAAAACAGAAUGAGGGAAAUUGUACAUCUUCAGGUGGGGCAGUGCGGUAACCAAAUCGGAGCCAAGUUCUGGGAGGUAAUUUCUGACGAGCAUGGCAUUGACCCUACCGGCACAUACCACGGCGAUUCAGACCUGCAGCUAGAGAGAAUCAACGUGUAUUACAAUGAAGCCACCGGAGGCAAGUACGUACCCCGUGCCGUGCUGGUGGACCUGGAGCCAGGCACUAUGGACUCGGUCCGCUCCGGACCAUUCGGUCAGAUCUUCAGGCCGGACAACUUCGUCUUCGGACAGAGCGGAGCUGGCAACAACUGGGCCAAGGGUCACUACACAGAAGGAGCUGAGCUUGUAGAUUCUGUUCUUGAUGUUGUACGCAAGGAAGCAGAAGGAUGCGAUUGCCUUCAGGGGUUCCAACUGACUCACUCUCUUGGAGGUGGCACUGGAUCAGGCAUGGGAACACUACUCAUCAGUAAGAUCCGUGAAGAGUACCCAGACCGCAUCAUGAACACAUUCAGUGUUGUACCAUCACCCAAAGUAUCAGACACCGUCGUGGAACCCUACAACGCCACCCUCUCUGUCCACCAGCUCGUCGAGAACACAGAUGAGACAUUCUGCAUCGACAACGAGGCACUCUACGACAUCUGCUUCCGCACCCUCAAGCUGACCACUCCAACAUACGGUGAUCUCAAUCACUUGGUAUCAGCCACCAUGAGUGGUAUUACCACCUGCCUAAGGUUCCCCGGCCAACUCAAUGCUGAUCUGCGCAAGCUGGCUGUCAACAUGGUCCCCUUCCCCCGUCUUCACUUCUUCAUCCCCGGCUUUGCUCCCCUUACCAGCAGAGGCAGCCAGCAGUACCGUGCCCUUAGUGUACCAGAGCUGACCCAGCAGAUGUUCGACUCUAAGAACAUGAUGGCUGCCUGUGACCCGCGUCACGGCCGCUACCUGACCGUGGCUGCUAUCUUCCGUGGACGCAUGUCCAUGAAAGAGGUCGACGAGCAGAUGCUGAACGUCCAGAACAAGAACAGCAGCUACUUCGUGGAAUGGAUCCCAAACAACGUCAAGACUGCCGUCUGCGACAUCCCACCACGUGGACUCAAGAUGGCCGCUACCUUCAUCGGCAACAGCACCGCCAUCCAGGAGCUGUUCAAGCGCAUCUCAGAGCAGUUCACCGCUAUGUUCAGGCGUAAGGCUUUCUUGCAUUGGUACACUGGCGAGGGUAUGGAUGAGAUGGAGUUCACUGAGGCUGAGAGCAACAUGAACGACUUGGUGUCCGAGUACCAGCAGUACCAAGACGCUACCGCUGAGGAAGAGGAGUUUGACGAAGAGCAAGAGGAGGAAGAAGAUGUUGAGUAGGCUCCCAACCAGUGCCUGAAUAACAGAAGAGUCUGCAACAAAUCCUACCCUCACAAAAUCCAAAGACAAGAUUAUUAAACGCCAAAAAUAAUACCAAUCGCUAAAAUCAAGAAUACCGACCCCUUUAAGAAUGUGGGACUCAUGAGACGCUAGGUGGCAGCAGACUUAUACCAAGUAAAUCCAUUGUUAUCUGUAAUGUGCGCAUGCUCAGAACUACUUAACACUGGAGGUUUACCUAGUUAUAGUCUGCUGCCACCUAGCGUUCAAAAGUCUCACAUUGAAAUCUAGUUGGGUCGAUUGUAAUCAAAGCAGUGACAGUAUCCUCGUUUACAAUAAUGUUAAAAUCACAAUAAAGCUGUAAGUUUAUCUUGUCCUUUCCUGUAUGUGUGUUUAUUAAUUUUCACAAUGACUUAAUGUUUUGAAAGUAUUUGUUUUCUUCUUCAAGAUACUUUUUAUUUUUUUCUCGCUGGUGAAGCAAUAUUUCUCAACCAGCUCUAAGACGAUUGGGAUAAAGAAUGUUGGCAUACCACAAACUCUGUCAUUUACCAAUCAGGGUUUCAGCUAUGAAGCCCUGUACUGUAUUGCAGGAUAUUUAUUAGUACUAUCUUUUUUAGUUUAUAAACACGUUUUCCGUUUUGCUUAUUGAAAUCAAGUGCAACGCAGUCUAUUAUUUAUCAAUUAAUUAUUAUUUUAUAAGGUACAUGUCACACAACUAAAUGUCUUUCAAGUGAGACUUGAGGGGGGUUGGAAGGGUACACUUUUGGACCAUGUGCUUAAAACGUUGCAGUGAGGUUCGCUGUCGAUACAUGCUGACACGUCCAUCCGAACCACAUCGGACACAUCAGUAAGCUCACACGCCAUGAUAUCCUAAAUUGGACCAUGCCACACAUCCAUACAUAUCAACGUGGAAUUUGGAUAGGAGGGGGCAAGACAGUUGCCAGAUUCCUUUUUAUACCAAAACGAAAUAAUGGGCUAUCGGAUCCAUCUCGCUGGAGGGUUUUGAGUGAGUGGUAGUGGAAACAAGUAGACCCGAAUGUAUAGGACUUUAAUGAAUUAAUAACAAACAUGAACAGUUUAGGCUCAACCGGGUAUAAACAUCACCACAAGCAGAUAGUAAGACCAAAAAACAAACAAACAAUAAUAUUUGCAAUGUUUUAGAACAAUCAAGUCUUGGUUAUACGAGACCCUGUUUUUACCUCAUUCACAGAGGUAGUCAGGGAAUUAGUUCAAGAGAAGUUUUUUAUCGUGACAAUCUUUACACCAUUUUAAAUUACAUGUAUGUGCAAAAUCCGUAAACAGUAAAUUAGUAUUUUUUAAAUCUUACCAAUGUUGUGCCCAUCACCCUUUUAAUUUCAUUAAAGCAUUCAUUAAACAACUACAUGUGUAUUAUUUUAUUGCCUUAACAUUGUCGACACAAGCAACAGCAAAACGACGGCACGAAAACAACUCAUGAAUCUUGCCUAUGUUUAUGCUUCGUGCCAAUUUUGUGAAGUGUACUAAUAAAUAAUGGCAACAUACCAUGUUCGGAAAUCCCUAUGUUCCGAAACGUAGUAUAAUCCUAACCAAUCCGGGCGUGUAGCACGAUUGGUUUACGGAACAUAGUGGUGUCGGAACGUAGAGCAAUCACCAUUGUUUAUUAAAGACUUGUAUCCUUUGUAGCUAUGCAAUGUAGAACAAUAAAGCAGCCAAGGGAAUCACGCUA